ACUGUAGCGCAUCAAUAGACUUGUUUAGUUCUGUACUUCACGCACGGACCGAUAAAACUCUCCCUGAAACAAGAAGCCUUUCAAACCAGAGACAUGGUGAACUGCUGUGGUUUGCUGACUGUCCAGAAAGAACCAGUCCCUCUGAAGAGCGUGGAGGUGGAGCUGGAGGUGAGGGACCAUGUGGCCACAGCGGUCUCCACUCUGAACUACCAGAACCCAGAGGACAAACCCAUGGAGGCGGUCUUCGUCUUCCCUCUGCCUGGAGACGCCGCCGUCUGUCAUUUCAGUGCCAAGAUGGGACAGAAGGAGAUGGUGGCUGAGGUGAAGGAGAAGCAGGAGGCUCGUGAGGAGUAUGACGAUGCUUUGAGCUCCGGUCAGCAGGCUUUCCUGCUGGAGGAGAGCGAUCAGAGUCCAGAUGUUUUCUCAGUGAGUGUGGGCUGUCUGCCUCCAGGAGAGAGCGCCUCCAUCAGGCUGGAGUACGUCACUGAGCUGGCAGUGCAGGCUGAUGAGGGGCUGAGGUUCUGUCUGCCUGCUGUGCUCAACCCUCGAUACACACCUCAGGGUAGUGAAGCUCCAGCCGUCCAGGUGAACUCUGUUCCAGCCUCUCUGGUUCCUUACAGUCUGUCUUUCUCUGCUCGAGUGUCCUCUCCUCGUCCCAUCUCUAAAGUGGAGUCCAGCUGCUCCCUGGAUCCUCUCCAGUUCCUGAACACAGACCAAACCCAGGCCACGGUGAAGCUGGGUGCAGGACACAAGUUUGACAGAGAUGUUGAAGUGCUGAUAUAUUACAAAGACGCCCACCAGCCCACUGCUGUGGUUGAAGCAGGACAGGCCUCUGCAGAACCCGGCACUCUGAUGGGUGAUCCAGUGGUGAUGGUGAGCCUGUUCCCUGAGUUUCCUCAGUCUGUCAUGUCUUCAGUGGCUUCCUGUAGAGAGUUUGUGUUCCUCAUGGAUCGGUCUGGAAGUAUGGGCUUCCCAAUGAGCAACAAAGACAAAAAUCAGACUCGCAUAAGCAGUGCAAGGGAAACGCUGCUGCUGCUGUUGAAGAGUCUACCAAUGGGCUGCUAUUUCAACAUCUACAGUUUUGGAUCCAGCUAUGAGCACAUCUUCCCUAAAGGUGUGGAGUACAGUCAGCAGACCAUGGAGGAGGCCCUGAAGAGAGUUGGGACGAUGGAGGCAGAUCUGGGAGGAACAGAAAUUCUGGAGCCUCUCCAGCAUAUUUAUGAGCAGCCCUGCAUUCCCAGUCAGCCCAGACAACUGUUUGUCUUCACUGACGGCGCGGUGAGAAACACCAAAGAAGUCAUUGAUCUGGUGAAGAAGAAUUCAGGCUCUCACAGGUGUUUCUCCUUCGGGAUCGGGGAAGGAGCCAGCUCUGCUCUCAUCAAUGGGCUGGCCAGAGAGGGAGGGGGUCACGCUCAGUUCAUCACAGGAAGUGACAGGAUGCAGCCGAAGGUUAUGCAGUCGCUGCGGUUCGCUCUGCAGCCGGCUGUGGUGGACGUUUCCAUCACAUGGGAUUUACCAAAGGACGUGUCUGUCACUGUCCUCUCUCCACCAAUCACAGCUCUUUUCCAGGGUCAGCGGUCGCUGGUUUACGGCCAACUCAGUGGACAGAGCUCCGAGGCUGCAGAGGGCUGUGUGACGGUGAAGUACAGCCUGGCAGGUCAUCCCACUCAGAACCAGCUGCACUUCAGCCUGAAACCUGAAGAAGACACUGGGUUAACAGUCCACAGGCUGGGAGCUCGGACUCUGAUUGGCUCUCUGGAGAUGGAGGGAAGAGAGAGCGGAGGGGAGCAGCGCACAGCAGUGGAGGAGAAGGUGGUGGCUCUCAGCAUCCAAUCAGGAGUGAGCAGUUGUUUCACUGCCUUCAUUGCUGUCAACAAAGGUGAAGGCGAGGCCAUCCAAGGACCUUUGGUGCGUCGAAAUGUUCCCGCACCAGUGAGGAGUGUGGCACGUUCUUGUUGCAGACCCCAGGGUCCGCUAAUGAGCCGUCGCGUUUCUGCAGCACGUGGGACGAUCGACGCCAGCUCCGACGAGUCUGCGCCAAUGGUCGGUUGCUGUCUUACAGCAAAUAGGAGGCUACAGUCCGCCCCGGCCCAGGUUGACCCAUGGGGCUCUGGUGGUUCUGCAAGUUCGGCUGGUGCUGCAGACUGGACUCAAGCUGAAGUGAAGCCGCCGCCCUGCGACCCUCUGCUGCAGCUGGUCUCCCUCCAGAAUGCUUCAGGUUUCUGGAUGCUGGAUUCAGCUCUGGCUGCUGCACUGGGAAAGAUGAGCGAAGAGGUGGAAAAGUCCAAACCUGAAGCGGUGAGCAGUGAAGUGUGGGCCACCGUUCUGGCUCUAAUCUGGCUUCAGGGGUUUCAAACCGAUGCGAAGGACGAGUGGCAGAUUCUGGCUGGAAAGGCUGUGCUGUGGCUUCAAGCUCAGAACGCGCCAAACGUGACAGAAUGUGUGGAUGCUGGAAAUGCUCUUCUGGGUUGCAGCGUGCAGAAAGAUGCUCUGGGACUCUGAGGCUUCAUGACAGUCUUCACUUCUCC